AUAAUUCACACUGAUAUGUAUGUCAAUAGCAUUGGCCCCGUGAAUGCUAUCAAUAUGGAAUAUACAAUUGAUAUAUUUUUUGCCCAAACCUGGUAUGAUAGACGACUAAGAUUCAACAGCACCAUAAAAGUUCUGAGAUUGAAUAGCAACAUGGUGGGGAAGAUCUGGAUUCCUGAUACAUUCUUUCGAAACUCAAAAAAAGCAGAUGCACACUGGAUAACAACACCCAAUCGAAUGCUCAGGAUCUGGAAUGAUGGCAGGGUUCUCUACACCCUCAGACUGACAAUAGAUGCAGAGUGUCAAUUACAGUUACACAAUUUCCCAAUGGAUGAACACUCUUGUCCCCUAGCAUUUUCAAGCUAUGGCUACCCAAAGGAGGAAAUAAUCUAUAUGUGGAAACGCAGUUCAGUGGAAGUGGGGGAUACAAGAUCCUGGAGGCUCUAUCAGUUCUCAUUUAUUGGACUUAGAAAUACAACUGAAGUGGUUCCAACAAGAUCAGGAGACUAUGUGGUGAUGGCGGUCUAUUUUGAUUUAAGCAGAAGGAUGGGCUAUUUCACCAUUCAAACAUAUAUCCCCUGCACACUCAUUGUAGUGCUCUCCUGGGUUUCUUUCUGGAUUAAUAAGGAUGCUGUACCAGCUAGAACAUCUUUGGGUAUUACAACUGUCCUGACAAUGACCACUCUCAGUACCAUUGCUCGCAAAUCUCUUCCCAAAGUCUCUUACGUGACAGCAAUGGAUCUCUUUGUAUCAGUGUGCUUCAUUUUUGUUUUUUCCGCACUGGUGGAGUAUGGGACUCUUCAUUAUUUUGUUAGUAACAGAAAGCCAAGCAAGGAUAAAGACAAAAAGAAGAAAAAUCCUGCACCAACAAUUGAUAUCCGUCCAAGGUCAGCGACGAUUCAAAUGAACAAUGCGACACACCUCCAAGAGCGGGAUGAAGAGUAUGGCUAUGAGUGUCUUGAUGGCAAGGACUGUGCAAGUUUUUUCUGCUGCUUUGAGGAUUGCCGAACAGGAGCCUGGCGACAUGGAAGGAUACAUAUUCGCAUUGCCAAAAUGGACUCCUACGCCCGCAUAUUUUUCCCCACGGCCUUCUGUUUGUUUAAUCUGGUCUACUGGGUAUCUUACCUCUACCUUUAA